AUGGCAAUCACGACUCGCGGAGGAAAGCAGACUAUUGAAGUGGUAGAAAAAGGUGAUUAUGAGAUUGAGGUAACUGGAGAGUCCAAUAAUUCUACAGAGAAAGAAGCGGAGAAAACCCAAAAGGUCAUCCCCAUGCCUAGACCUCCACCUCCUUUACCACAAAGGUUAGUGCAGAAGGCUGAACAAGGAAAGUACCGCAGGUUCAUAACUAUGUUGAAACAACUUUCCAUCAAUGUCCCUUUGAUAGUAGCUUUGGAGCAAAUGCCUGGGUAUGCAAAGUUCAUGAAGGACUUGGUUACCAAAAAGAGGGCUGUCGGUUUUGAGAAUGGUGAGAGGUUGCAGCAUUGUAGUGCCAUUUCUAUGAGGUCACUGGUACAAAAGAAAGAGGAUCCUCGAGCUUUCACUAUUCCAUGCACCAUCGGUAAGAUGCACUUUGCAAAAGCUUUGUGUGAUUUGGGUGCCAACAUUAACUUGAUGCCAUUGUCGAUUUAUAAGAAGUUGGGUUUAGGAGCUCCAAAACCAACUGCGAUGCGUUUACUUUUGGUUGAUAGAACUGUGAAAAAGCCCAUUGGAGUGCUUCAAGAUGUCCUUGUGAAAGUGGGGCCAUUCAUUUUUUCGGUAGACUAUGUUAUACUUGAUUGCGAGGUUGACUUUGAGGUCCCCAUCAUCUUAGGGAGACCAUUCCUUGCUACUGGGCGUGCCUUAGUUGAUAUGGAAAGAGGGCAGAUGAAGUUCUGA